ACUCAAAAAGUGCCAGUCUUUGCUUUUACUAUUUCCAACGGUCUGGCAGCCUUAUAACAAGUGGCAGCGCUGCGCUCUUAACAGAAUUUCAAUUUAACAGUGAUAUUAACAGAGACCAAUAACAAACAUGAAUCAAUGUCUGCCUGUAAACGCAAAGAUGUCGAAGGCGAAGAAGGUUUUGGAUGAGGCGCGUGAGACUCAAAAUCGGGAACUGGACCUUGUCGACAAGGGUCUGGUGUCCUUUGAGGAGCUACCAGGUCUAUUUAACAUGGCUAAUAUCACACGGCUAACGUUGUCCCACAACAAAAUCAGCAUUAUAAGUCCGGGUAUUGCCAACUUGCUGAAUCUGGAGAUAUUGAAUCUGUCCAAUAAUCAGCUCUCUGAACUGCCAGUUUCACUGUCAUCGAUGCCAAAGCUGCGAAUUUUAAAUGUGUCCAUCAAUAAGUUGGGCAAUCUACCUCGCGGAUUCGGAGCAUUUCCAGUUCUGGAAGUACUUGAUCUGUCCUACAAUAAUCUGAAUGAACAGGUGCUGCCAGGUAACUUCUUUGGCAUGGAAACGUUGCGUGCUUUGUAUCUGGGCGACAACGACUUUGAGUAUAUUCCCAAAGAAUUGGGGCAGCUGAAGAAUCUGCAGAUCUUGGGACUGCGGGACAACGAUCUGUUGGAGCUGCCCCGUGAGGUUGGAGACCUGGCGCGUUUGCGGGAGCUGCACAUUCAAAACAAUCGGCUACAGGUGUUGCCCCCAGAGGUGGCACAACUCGAUUUACUCAGCAACAAGUCGGUGAUGAAAAUGGAGGAAAAUCCUUGGGUUAAUCCCAUAGCUGAGCAGUAUUUGCUGGGUAUCAGUCAUGUCAUUGAAUAUCUCAAAACGGAAACCUACAAAAUCAUCUACAAUCGUCAUAUGCAAGGAGGACGCAGUGGUCCACCACCUCCCAAGGCAGAUAAGAGCAAGAAGGCUUCCCGAGUGCGAGCAUAACUCCUUCGACUUCUUAGAAGUGUUCGUUUCGUCAGGCUGUCAGAGCAGAUCAUUUUUUGUUUUCUUUUUAACCAAAAAACAAGUUGUUUGUAUACUAAUUUUUAAGUAUUUCGUAUAUUAAUAUUUAAUUGUGAAAAGUGCCUUCAAUGUUUGCUAACAAAUGUGAAUAAAAAAAAACAAUUUUGGAAAAAAUUAA